AUGAAACGCAUUUUGGUAGUCGCGGGAUCUGACAGCUCCGGUGGAGCAGGGCUCGAAGCCGACCAGAAAGUGAUUGCCGCCCAUGGCUGUUAUGCUAUGACCGCGACCGCUGCAUUGACUGCACAAAAUACGCAGGGUGUCUAUGCCAUCCAUGAAGUACCGUCAGCUUUUGUUCAGAAACAGAUCGAUGCUUGCUACGACGAUGUGGGCGUUGAUGUACUCAAAUCGGGCAUGCUUGCUUCCUUGCAGACCGUGCUGGUCUUGGCCAAUGCUAUGAGGCAGCAUAAGAUUCCCGUUUCAGUUGUAGAUCCUGUCAUGGUUUCAACUAGUGGAGCUCAGCUUCUCCCCGAGAAAGCUGUAAAAGUGCUCUGUGCUGAGGUCUUACCUUUGACAACGAUAUGCACUCCCAACAUCCCAGAGGCGAACCUCAUGCUACAGAAAUGCGGCAAGCGGCCAAUCGAUAUUCGAGACCUAGACGAUAUCAAGACGCUUGCAGCAGAAGUACACUCUCUGGGAUCUCAAUAUGUUCUACUAAAAGGUGGCCAUCUUCCAUUGACCGCAGAUUACAAGGUCGCGCAAACAGAAGCCGAGAAGAAGAUUGUCACCAAUGUCUUGUUUGGGGGAGACUCCGUGGAUGUGAUAGAGUUUCCAUACCAGAAAACAAAACACACCCACGGCACAGGCUGCUCACUUGCUUCUGCUCUUGCUUGCAAUCUUGCUCUCGGCCUCGACAUGCUUSAGUCUGUUGUUGCUGCCAGCCGCUAUGUGGACGCUGGAAUCAAGAACGCUGUCAAGAUUGGGUGUGGCUCUGGUCCGAUCAAUCACUUUCACUCUCUUCAAAUCAUGCCGUUCGCGCCGGGAGGUUUUGUCGACUACGUACUGGACCGAUACGACGUACAGCCCGUCUGGCAGGAGUACACGCACCACGAGUUUGUCCAGAGAAUGGGAGACGGUACGCUGCCUCAACAUCUAUACGCACAAUACAUGAUACAGGACUACCACUACCUCGUCCAAUUCGCUAGAGCCAACUCUCUCGCUGGAUACAAGGCAAAGAACAUCGAUGACAUCGUAGCGGCCGCUCAAAUUGUCACACACAUUCGAAAUGAAAUGGACCUCCACAUCAAUGAGUGCAAGGGGCUCGGUAUGACUCGUGAGAUGAUGGAUCAGUGCGAAGAGAGCCAAGCAUGUACUGCCUACUCACGAUACGUCCUUGACAUUGGCCAGUCAGAAGACUGGCUCGCACUUCAAAUAAGCUUACUGCCGUGCCUUCUUGGGUAUGGUAUGAUUGCACGACGAUUGAAAGAACAACAGAGGACCAACCCUCCGAAGAAUCGCAACAGGUAUCUUACAUGGAUCGAGAACUACGUAGGGGACGACUACACCAGCGCUGUGAAAACUGGUUGCGCACUCAUCGAAACACACGCUUCCAAGCAAUCGCCACACAGAAUCGAAGAGCUGGUCAAGAUCUUCAUUCAUGCAACGAAGAUGGAGACGGGAUUCUGGAAUAUGGCAGCACGGCCUGAGUGGAGUACCUUGCCGCAGAAAUAA